AUGCCGCACCUUGAGGGCCAUGCCUUUGCUUUACUCUGGUACGCGGGUCUUGCCGCGGCUUUCCAGUCCUCUCAGACGAACUGUGCUGCAAAUCCAGCGUACGUUGGCGACCACAUCGUUCCACUUUGUGCUGUCAACUUCCCAGAGAAGUCUUCGACCACAUAUGCAUCCUGGGUUGUUCAUUUCUACGCUGGGAACUGCAGGCAUUGCCGGGAGCUAGCUGUGACACUUCAGAAGGCAGUGAGCGCACCGGCAAUGCUGAAGAAAGGUGUCAAGGUCGGCGCUGUGGAUUGUCAUGAUGCCUCAAAUGCCAACCUUUGCCGAGGUCACAAGGUUUGGAAAUUUCCUGUUUUGAUGAUCCUUUCCAGUGGCUCGCGGUACACUGGACCACUCGACACAGCUGCAAUGGUUGACUGGAUGAGUGAGGUAAGUGAACCGGGACUGUUGCCUCCAAUGCUGCAGAAGAUGAGCGUUUGUCCAGCCUUCCAUCUCUACGAAGAGCCGCAGCUUGCCAGAGAGUUCCUCAUGGCCCACAACAUCUACCGAUGCGCUGCAGGCAUUGACAUGUUGGAGUGGGACAUGACGGCUUUUCAAACAGCACGCAGCUACGCGCAGAAGGCGCCAACAGACAGAUUGGCCCACAGCAAGCCAAGCGAGAGACGGGGAAAGCAUGGCGCGACGUUUGGAGAGAAUGUUGCCAUUGGGGAGCACUUGUGGCCGGGGCAAGUGGUGGCUCGCUGGUACGAUGAAAUUCGAAAUACGCAAGGUGGAAAGUUUCGUCCCAACCGCGCGGGCCUGGGACACUACACGCAGAUUGUUUGGCGCAAGACCCGAAAAGUCGGUUGCAGUUUCGGGCAGAAUCGACGCGUGGCCAUCUGCCACUAUGAUCCUGCAGGCAAUGAGCGUGGAAAGCACCUGUCGCAAGUCGCACCACCGCUACCUGGUUUCUUCGGCCGCGAAGGACAAGAGCGCUGCGGCGCAGUCGUCGAAGAGAUCGGCGCACCGUGA